AUGGCCUCGGGCGUGUAUAAAUCGCUCCCAUUGGGGCCUAACACUACGCGCAUGGUUCGCCUCUUCCCGAACAAGGAAAAGCACGCCGAGAUAAGAUGCGAACUGUUCACCUACGAUCUCACGGAGAUAGAGGGUGGAAAGCAUCUUUACGAAGCUCUGUCCUAUGUCUGGUCUGGCGAUGAAGAGGGCAGUGCUGAACAGCGCAAGAAAAUAAUAGUACACGGCCAUACUGUCCCCAUCACAGUGAACCUUCAUGCAGCCCUGGUCAACCUCCGAGACCGUCAGCUGGAGAGGGUGUUGUGGAUUGAUGCAAUUUGUAUCAACCAAGAGAAUUUGGAUGAGAAAAGCAGGCAGAUCCCACUGAUGCGGACGAUCUAUGCGCAAGCUGAUCGUGUUAUUGUCUGGCUUGGAGACGCAUUUGAACAUGGUGAUACAGCACUUGAAACCAUUCGUGAUCUCGCGAAGAAGAAAGCCAUGGGUGGCAAAGGUUCGGAUACUAAGCGGGCGCAAUCAAGCAGUGAGCCUUGUCUAAAGUUGCUACAGCGAAAGUGGUUUCGUCGGAUCUGGGUGCUCCAAGAAGCCGGCGUUGCUCGGUCUAUUGAGAUUAUGUGUGGCUCUAUCCAGAUCAAUGGGUCCACAUUCUUGGUGUAUCUGAUUAGAGGGGCACAGUUUCGACCAAGAAAUGAUUCGAGGUUACGGGGAAGCUUAUAUAUUGGGGAGCUGAUUGAUAUGUAUCGCUACCACAUGUCUUCAACAAGGCAUGAUAAAAUUUAUGCUUUGUUAGGCCUAACUGCUGAUGACCCGAAUACGCCAGGGUUGAAACCUGAUUACAACCUCCCAUGGCAUCAAGUCUUUAACACUACCAUUCAGUAUAUUCUCUCCAGUGAAGGCUCUGUGGAGACCUUUCCCAACAAAGAAAUGGCCAUCAUUCACACUAAAUGUUGGAUUUUGGGAUACAUUUACUUGGACGGAGCUAUACAUGAGAAUAACCUACAGAUGAUCAACAUCGUUUUCAACGAUUCUCAAGAUUCAGUGGUCUUUAAAGCGAAAUGGGGUUCUAAUUGGGUGAUACAAGCCACCGCAGAAUCAGCUGAAAGCGGUGAUAUUCUGUGUCUUUUAGGGGGGAGUUCGAAUCCAUGCAUCAUUAGAGCAUUGGGAGACCACUUUGCAAUAAUUAAUAUCGCAAUAACUCCUCAGCAAGUCUAUCAGAAUAGAACUCUAGACACGGGGUCUGUUCAUGCCGUGGAUUCACGGCAACGCCCGCCGUUUGAUAUUACUCUUACUUGGACAAUACCCAUGUCUGAUACCGAAAAUGAGUUUUACCUCAAAGGUCCAUUGGAACUCACUCGCAUCGCGCCUCAUUACCAGAAGAAAUGUCCAGACACGGAGAAGCGCUUAAACGAUCUGAGGGCCAUUGUUAAUGGGAUUGCAACGCAGAUAAUACAACAGAGCGAACAUUUGCAUGUAAGCCCAUUAAAACGUUUACUGGCUCAAUUGGGAGGAGUCAUCCCAGUUUCUGAAGAAGUAGUCAAAAUGGCAACAGGAGACACAAGAAUGGCUGGACCAGCCAUGCUGAAGGCGAUUUUUCAGUAUCCGGAUAAUAUACUAAUUACGGAAGAAGUCGUCAAAGUCGCAGCAGGGAAUAACGGUAGCCUUGGAUCUGAAAUCAUGGAGGUGCUUUUCGAAUAUCAAGAUAAUCUACCAAUUACUGAAGAAGUGGUACAGGCAGUGGCACAGAACAACGGAGCCUCUGCAUAUGAAACAAUGGAGAUGCUUUUGAAAUAUCGAGACAAUGUGCCAAACAAUGGAGAUGCUUUUGAAAUAUCGAGACAAUGUGCCAGUGACAGAAGAUAUAGUGAAAGCAGUGGCACAGAAUGA